AUGGAUGUUGAUGGAAGGCGGAGACGCCGUUAUCUGCAGCGGACUACGUGCUGGCAGUUCCCGGGUGUUGCACGGAGGGCGAAUAACUUCACUGGGGCCAUGUUGGUGUUGUAUGUACUUGCACGGCACCCAUCACAGGGAUAUGAAUAUUCUGAGUCACUACUGAAGGAAGUGGCAGAUUAUCAUGAUGUCAUUACACUCUCAAUGAAUGAGGGGCGUGUUACCAGUAAUAGUUCUAUCCUUUUUGCAAAGUGGGGUGUGGAGGCAGGUGUUGGUUUGAGCAGGAAAACAUAUCUUUGGUUUGAAAUGGCAUUACGUUUGUUUCCUUCUGUUAAAUACAUUUCCAAGGGUGAUGAUGACAUGUUUCUACGUGUCCCGCAGUUUCUUACUGAUCUUAUCUCCAUGAAUGAUAAAAUAAUUUAUUGGGGA